AUCAAACAUGACAUUCCUCUGUUUUAUGUAAUAGGUAAAUACUAUACAUAACUAUCCCAAAAUGUCUUCUGUGGACGAUUUAUCUAAACUACCGGAUAACUUUUCUGGAAUUGAAAAAGGAGAAUCGUUACUUUCUAAAUUCAACAUUCCGAUAACCCAUUUCGAAUUCGAUCACGUUGAAAAGUGCACAGAUGGCAGAGAAUUAGAAAGGAUCGUUCAGGUGUUGCGUUCCGGAGAAGAAGGUUGGUAUCCGGAUUUAUUGAAAUGUGCAGAAGAGCGUCUACGAAUUGUUAAACCGAGAAGCAAAUAUUUGAGAGAGGCUUGUCCUGUGUUAGAGAAGAGAGAUCUUACUAAAGAUGACCUUGAUGAAAUUGCCAAGGAUUUGGGAAAGUUUUUAAUCGUUGCUGAUAAGACGAAUAGAGAACUAGAACAAAGAAAACUGAAGUCCGUAGAUCACGACAUAGAAGUAAGAAAGUGUAUUAAAGAAUUCUCCGAAAAGCAACCAUUAAAUGAGAAACGUAUUGCGUCUACUGAUUAUAAAUCAUGGGACAAAUACGAUCCUGAUACCGAGAUCUUAAAAAUGGAUCUUGAAGAAGAAAGAAAGAAGCAAGAGGUCUUGGCAAAUGAAGAAACGCACAAAAAUAGGAAAACGAAGAAGUGUGUUAGGUUUAACAAAUUUGCCACAGAAGCUGAGGCCAUAUUUUUUUCGGAAAGAGAAAGAGAAAAAGGCAACGAAUGCUUUAAAGUAGGUGGUUAUGAAGAGGCGUUAGAAUUUUAUACAAGAAGUAUAGGAAGUAAAGCUACAGUGGAAAAUUUAAAUAAUAGAGCAGUGACAUAUUUAAAAUUGAAAAGAUACAGAGAAGCUGUAGACGAUUGCGAUAAGGUAUUAACAUUCGAAAAAGGCAACAUUAAAGCUCACACCCGAAAAGCGGAAGCAUUGGAUAAAUUGGGAAAAUAUAAGGAAGCCCUAGACAACGCGGAAUUUGUCAUCUACAAAGAACCGAAUAAUAAAUAUGUCCAAGAAUUAACCGACAGAAUUAGGAAUAAAUGUUUUAAAGAACUGAAAAAAACGAGAAUGAAAAUUAUUGAAAUUGAUUGAAAUUUUAAUUGUAAGAAAAGAUGAUUUAUGAAUCUUUUUACGGUGUUUAAAUAUAGCUAAAGUUUGAAUAAAACUUGA